AUGACCGUAGUAUUCUUACGAAUGUACCCUGACGUAAGUAAUUUCUAAAAGAAUAAUAAAUUUUUUAAUUUCUAAAUUUAAAUUUAAUUGUUAAAUUUAAAAUUUUUAUAAACAAUUGAUUUUUAGUUUUGGCAACAUAUGUUACGGUACACCAACCAAAUGGAAGACAUGUGUAGUUUUGCACAGAUCAGCAGAUACUUUUACAGAGUAACUAGCAUAGACUUUCAGAAGUUGUGCUACAAAAAUAUGAUUUGUCGAUUCAAAGGCGAGACUUGGGCUACAGCCUUUUCAAAGUAAGUACAAGUACAAAUUUAAAACACUUUGGAAGUUUUGUUGAAUUUAAAUUUUUUGAAUAUGUAAACUAAAUAAAUUGUUUUUUCAAAAUUGAAACAAUGAAAAAAGUAUCGAAAACUCUUAAGCGACUAAUAACAUCUAAAAUAUCAAAUUUAAUUUUUCAAUAAUAAAAAUGACGAAACUGUAAUUUUUAACAAAUUUAACUAUAGAAAAGUAUAAUAAUAAAUAAAAAUCCUGUUUUAGAGCUCUGUAUCGUACAAUAAGGUCCGGAAUAUUCGAUAAUCGCAUUUCUAAAAAUUCAUCUUUUUGUCCGUAUACUGGUUUCAUGGCACUUGUGUUACAACAAAAACAGGUUUUACUGACCCACAUACUACAGUUUUACAUUGUACUACAGUAAUGGUACCCUCGUGGAUUUGUUAAAUCAAAAGGAAUACCAAGUUGAAACUAUAAAACUGCCAGAAGAUGUUCACAUAAGUACUGCAGAUGUUUUCGGCUACAGAAAGUACGUGGGCUUCGUGAAUCCGCGGCGAGAGUUUGUGGUAAUACGCAACGAAACAGGAAAGAUGGAUAUUAUAUUCCAAUCUCAGUUUUCAGACUGUAAAAUUUGGCUCUGCGACGAUAUAGAUCAUGUUAGAAGAUCACGUAAGCUUCGUAUUUUUACAAUUGAAAAUUAAAACAGGCCCAGGACUUUAAACUUGAAUUCUCAGACUGCGACAUAACUAUGCAUUUUACUGCUGUCUUUUAUCUUGCAAAUAACAUUGGGUAUUUAUAUUAGGUUGAGAUUAGAAUUUCUUGAGGUCUAAACCUUUUUCUUGACUUUUCAGAACGUACUGAUAAUCAAAUUUAUGAUAUAAACACAAAGAAACUCAUUUUCGAAGGUUAUGGAUAUAUGCGGCAAGUGGGAAUCGACGGCAUACUUUUUUCAAUGCUUGGAAGGAACAAUUAUAUAAGUUUGUUUGACGAUUUGUCGGCCGAAAGGAUUAUUUGUAGGCAGAACCUCCAAAUUGUUUCAAAUGUUAAAGUUGUUUGUCAAUUUAAAACUUCGAUCUAUAACGUGUUUCUUUCAGUUAGUUAG